CCCCGCCCUUGGGACGCCCGGAAAAGGGGGAGGGGAGUGGCAGCGGGAGGAAGUGACGUCAUUCCAAUGCACCGCGGAAGCCACCCAUGCCCAGAGUUGGUCCCUGCGCGGGGCCUUCGGUCCGUCGUCCCUGUGGGACCCAGGAGAGCGGGAAUGAGGGCGACGGCGGGGACCUGGAGCUGGGGGCCGCAGCCUGCUACCUGCCAAAGGGCAUGGCUGACAUGUCAUUCGAGGAGCUGUUGGAACUGCAGAGCCAAGUGGGGACCAAGACACACAAAGAGUUGGUAGCUGGAAACAGCGCUAAGAAGCCAGGUUCUAGAGCGUCUGCCCAAAAUGCCCGUGUUGCAGAUAAGCACAGGCCUCUGGAAAUGUCAGCCAAAGUCCGAGUGCCAUUUUUACGGCAGGUCGUCCCCAUCAGUAAAAAGGUGGCGCGGGAUCCCCGCUUCGACGAUCUGUCAGGGGAGUAUAAUCCUGAGGUAUUCGACAAAACUUAUCAGUUCCUGAAUGACAUCCGAGCCAGAGAGAAAGAGCUGGUGAAGAAGCGGCUGAAGAAGUACCGCUCAGGGGAGGAGCAUGAGAAACUGCAGCAGCUGCUUCAGCGGCUGGAGCAGCAGGAAGCGGCCCAGCAGGAGAGGAAGAGGCAGCAGGAGCUUCGCCUGGCCCUGAAGCAGGAGCAGCGGGCUCAGGCCCAGCAGGGCCAUCGGCCAUACUUCCUCAAGAAAUCUGAGCAGCGCCAGUUGGCCCUAGCGGAGAAGUUCAAGGAGCUGAAACGCAGCAAGAAGCUAGACAGUUUCCUGAGUCGAAAAAGGCGUCGCAAUGCAGGCAAGGACAGGAGACAGCUGCCUUCGAGCAAAGAGUAACAAGGAGUGGUCCUGUCUGCCGCUCCCAGGGAAAUGCAGAUCUGUGGGGCUGAUGUGGGGCUGGCUCAUUCUGCUGGUUCUUUCCUGUUCAAGGGCAAGGAUCCCAGUUGCCUCAGAACCAAGUUGGCUCAAAGACAGGAGGGGUCUUGGGCGGCCCUCUGAGUGGAGAGGAAAUGUCGCUUGGCCACUGCCGUGCCACACUGCCUCUGAGUGGAGGCAGUCAUGUUCUCCUUCAUCCUUGCCUUAACCCAGUAGUUCUGGUAGAGAAGCAGAGGGCCCAUGGGAUCUGUUCACAUAUGAGCCGCGUCAUAAACAUUCUCGUUAGCACCUUUG